AUGAUUCAGCGCUCCUCUGCCUUUGCCGCGACUCUAGCCGCAGCAACUCUACUGGCAAAUCAUGCUCACGGUCACAUUAUGCAAAUGUAUCCCAUCUCUCGCCAGUACAGCUAUGGCCCCGUGUUCAAAGAAUGGGACUUCCCGGGAAUCGAUUACUGCCCGCAUUGUUACAAUGCACGUGGGCCCGACUACGUCAAGGAGCGGGCCAAAGCCAAGACGGAUCCUGCCGUCCUGAAUGAGUACGGGGGAGGGGACGAGUACCCGCUAUACUUCGGCGAUUUCGCCGACAACGGUAACUACCUCGAGACGGACGAGAUCGCGAAACGCCACGGCAUCUGCGGCGACCCGGAGCAGAACGCGGAUGAAGGAAGCAACGUCUACAGCACCGCCAACAUCGGAUGGGAUGUCCUCGAUUCGUUCAAGAGCGGAGAGGUCCUUGAGAUAGACAUCAUCAUGAACGCCUAUCACUGGGGACACUGCGAGUUCUUCUUGUGCAACGCGGACGAGAUGGACGACCCGGACGGCGUGCCCACCCAGGAAUGCUUCAACCGGUACCCGCUAACCCGCGCCGCAGACGACGGCAACGCCAGCCCGAUCGACCCCAACUACCCCGGCCGCUACUACGUAGACCCGGAGUGCCGCGCGGGGGAGACAGAACAGGGCUCGCCGGAGGGGGCACCAAAGGGCUACAACAUCAAGAUGCGCUACGUGCUCCCGGACAUCGAGUGCGACCGCUGCGUCUUGCAGAUGGUGUACUCCGCUCCCACGCCAACGCCGGUCGACCCUGCCACGCCAGCUCCGGUAGAGCCGCCGACGCCUGCCCCGGUAGACCCGCCGACGGCAGCGCCGGUAGACUCCCCCACGCCAGCUCCGGUCGACCCUCCCACGCCACCUCCGAUAGCCGCUCCAACGCCAGCUCCGGUCGACCCUCUCACGUCAGCUCCGGUAGACCCGCCCACGCCAGCUCCGGUCAACUCGCCGGCGUCCUCGGAAAUGCCGGUGAUGGCCCCCACUGAUGAGGUCAUUGUGUGCAGCACCGGCAUCCCCGGAAUCGAGUCCUCCGACGGCGCCGUCUGUUGCCCAAUCAACUGCACGCAGUGCGGUGGUGCGGGAUGCGCCACCGUGGGUCUGCCCGAAUACGGCGCCGAGUCCUGCUGCCAGUCGGACGUUCUUUCUGCCGGAGUCUCCUGCAGCGUGUCGGAAGAAGCCCCCUGUGUCCUCGACGCACCCGCCACCGAAAUGCCGGCGAUGGCGCCGACUCCCGAGCCCGUCAUGACCCCGACUGCUGAGCCCGUGAGGGCCCCCACUGCCAAGCCCGCCUUUGAGCCUACUGGUGACGUCUGCUCCAACGGCAUCCCGGGCAUCCAGUCCGGCGAUUCGUGCUGUCUUGCGGAGUGCGGGGCGUGCGGCGGCUCCGGCUGCGCCGAGUUCGGCGGCGGCCUGGGCGAGGACAACUGCUGCGCGGUCCGAAUCGAGGAGUACGGCGAGCUCUGCUCGGUGGCCCUCGCGGCUCCCUGCUAUGUCGACGCGCCGCCACCGACCCCGGUCACGACGGAAAUGCCCAUUGCCAUGCCAACGGAGAGACCCGCGACGCCUGCACCAGUCAACGCCCCCACGCCUGCACCGGUAGACCCACCCACGCCGGCUCCGGUAGACCCACCCACGCUGGCUCCGGUAGACCCUCCCACGCCAGCUCCGGUAGACCCGCCGACGCCUGCACCGGUCGACGCCCCCACGCCAGCUCCGGUAGACACUCCCACGCCUGCCCCGGUAGACGCACCACCAGCGCCCUCGGAAAUGCCGGUGAUGGCUCCCACUGACGAGGUCGUUGUUUGCAGCACCGGCAUCCGCGGAAUCGAGUCAUCCGACGGCGCCGUCUGUUGCCCGCUCGGCUGCACGCAGUGCGGCGGCGAGGGAUGUUCAACCGUGGGCCUUCCCGAAUACGGCGCUGAGUCCUGCUGCCAGUCGGACGUGCUUUCCGCCGGAGUCUCGUGCAGCGUGUCGGAAGAAGCCCCCUGUGUCCUCGACGAAACGCCUACGCCGGAGCCGAACGCAGCACCCGCCACCGAAAUGCCGGCGAUGGCUCCGACUCCCGGGCCCGUCAUGACCCCGACAGCUGAACCGGUGAUGCCUCCGACUGCUGAGCCCGCCAUGGCCCCCACUGCCGAGCCCGCCUCUGGUGACGUGUGCUCCAAUGGAAUCCCGGGCAUCCAGUCCGGCAUCACGUGCUGUCUCGCGGAGUGCGGCGAAUGCGGCGGCCCCGGCUGUGCCGAGUUCGGUGGCGGCCUCGGCCAGGACAACUGCUGCCAAGGCCGAAUCGAGGAGUACGGCGAGCUCUGCUCGGUGACCCUCGCGGCGCCGUGUAUCGUCGACGGUGAGGGCUGUUUAUAUUUCGCGGGGCUGGCCUGCUUGCCGCAUCUGGCCAAGCAGCCUUUACAUCAUGUGAGGAGCGGGCUUAUUUCCAGCGACAUGACCGCUGAGUUGUGUUACGAGACCUGUUCAGCGAAGGGCGCCGCCUACAUGGCGACCCAGUGGGGAGUGGAGUGCUGGUGCUCGAGGGACGGUAGCCUGGACUACGACCGCCACGGGGACACAGGCGUCUGCGACUACCCCUGCAUCGGCGACGAGAGUGAGACCUGCGGCGGUGUUCACAGCUUCAACCUCUAUAGGCUCUCGUGGGCCCCCGCGCCGGAGGACGAGGAGUACGUGGGCUGCUACGCCGACAGCAAGGGCGACCGCGUGCUGUUCGACAUGAUCUCCAGCGACAACAUGACCGCGGGGGUGUGCCGCGAGCACUGCGCGGACAAGGACGCUCCGUACUACGGCACCCAGUUCUCGAGCGAGUGCUGGUGCGGCACGAGCGACGACGAGGCCGACUACGAGCGCCACGGCGAGGGAGUAUGCCACAUGGCCUGCUCGGGAGACGGCACGGUUGCCUGCGGUGGAUACGAUGCCUACAGCUUGUUCAAGCACGACAACGGGGGCAAAACCCCCACCAUGGCUCCGGUGACCGACUCGCCGGACACCUCGACGAUGGCCCCCGUCAUCACGAGGGAAGCUCCGACCACACCAAGGGUGACCCGCUCGCCGGUGAGGUCCGAGGAGCCCACGGCCGCAGCCACGAGCGCGCCCAGGUCCCCGGGUGGGUCGAUGCCGACAACGUCCACGUGCAGCAACGGCGUCCCCGGCAUCGAGACCUCCAAGGGGGCAUGCUGCGUCGCGGCCUGCGGCCAGUGCGGAGGAGCUGGGUGCUCGACGGUGGCCUUGGACCUGGGGCUCGGGUCUGACGAGUGCUGCGAGGGCGCUGUCCUCGACGCCAACAGGCCGUGCGGAGAGGCCCCGUGCGUCAUCGGCGGCGACGUUCCCGCUCCUACCCCUUCGCCUGAAACUGCCGCACCUGUCGCCGGGGACACCCCCGCCCCUGUGCCGACCGCUCCGACCGGAGAAUGCUCGGGCGACCCGGUGGAAGCGUGGGAGCAGUGCGGUGGUGACGGCUGGACCGGCUCCACCUGCUGCGAGGAGGGUCUUGAGUGCGUCGUCAUGGGCAAGAGUACCUGCUACUCGCAGUGCCGCCCGAUCAUGGAGGGUGACUACCGCUAAUCAAGAACGACCUACACACAACGACCCAGCCACGAGCAGAAAAUCGCCACCGACCACGUCAUCAACCCAGGCUUUCAGCAGGCCUGGCAGUUUUCUAUAGCACGGAGGAAUGAUUGGUCUACGAUCGUGUUCUAGUUUUCAUUCAUGGGAUUCAAGCUCGAGACCCUGCUUCGUGCUUUUUUCCAGACUGUCGCUUCAUUUGUCUCGGACAUUCAUUCUCUGGACCUUUCGGUCGAGAGAGAGGAACAAGGGAAGAUUUGAUUUGUGGCGAUGUACUGCAUGUACCAUCAUCAGGCCCGGUGCGUCGCUUGGGACAUAGAGGAGGGGAGGGGGGGCGGAUAUAUUUCACUCAUGUAGCUGCGUACUCCAUCCUGGCAUUUCUGUGAUUUUAUAGGCACACGGCGCAUCUCGUGUCUUGUGCUGUUGCCGCUCUAUUGAACAGUGGACGCGUACAGCAGGUAUGGCCCACACUGUGCAACUGUGCAAAGAGGACAUAAAUUGGCCAGCACCUUCGUGGUAUAGCUUUUGGAUGCUUCUAUCCGAAGGUGGUGUGUGGCCCGUAGGCAACCCCGUACGGUAAGGCGUGGAAAGAAGAGUGAAAGUUUGAUGUUUGAUGAUCUCAGCCACGAACAUACACACCACCACCCCGAUUCGUGUGCACUACAUGUAUCAGAGGGGGGGGGGGGUUGUGUCGUUUACUGGAAGUAUUUAGCUCCGCAUGGCUAGUGUAUCUGUAUCGCUUGUGGUUUCUACCAUACACCUGGCGCACGCCGCCGUCACACAUCCACUCCCCCCCUUGACCAACGCACGUACAAAGGAGGUAGUACCAUUCAGCACAUCAUAAGUGAAAGGUGGUGUCGGAUGCACUAGAGAUCCACACAUGCCAUGCUGUCGUUGUCCUACUUGUUGUAGUUUACGCCUCGUCGUAUCUGGAGCACCAGGGAGUGAGGACGGUGGUUGUUGUUGUUGUUGUUGUUGUUGUUGUUGUUGUUGUUGUUGCACGUAGGCUCGCCAAAAUAGAGCGAGGUCAAGUUGUAUUCUCAGUAAAAGAGCGCAACCUGCGUGUCCGUUUCGUCAAGGGACAUACUGCCGAAUGCUCGUUGAUCACGUACACUUUGCUGAAACGGGGAGGGUGGGCGGUUGUUGGACUGGUGUGUGCAUUGUAUUCAUGUACAAGGUUGGCAAAGUUCCGACAGCAUUCUCGUUGGAGAGCGGGGUGGGUGUGUGGCUGUUGGACUGGUGUGUGCGUUGUAUACAUGCAAAAGGAUAAAGGUUGGCGAAGUUCCAACAGUAUUCUCGUUGGGGAGCGUUUGUCGUGGUAGAGAAAACGGCGAUAGCGCUUGUACUCACUAUGAACUGUUCCAUUGACAAUGGGUUGUUUGGAGUUUACCUCGACUGGACGGGAACGUUGAUUAUCUGGAAAGCGGACCUGUUGGCAGCUGUCGUGUACACUUG